ACCAAGUUCAAGGUUGUUUGUCAACAACUCCAAGUCACACUUCACUCUUGAUUGAUCCCGUUUGCCGUCCUACAGGAAAAGAGGGAUAAAGAAAGAGAGAGAGAGAGAGUGUGAGUGUGUGCAUGUGAAAGAAAGGAAAACAGCACCACUACCAUCACCACCACCACCACCAACAGCAACAACAAACAACUACCUCAGCCAAUACUGUUUUUCACUGCCAAGUGGUUGGACAACCUUUGAGAAAGAAGCGGUAAAUUCACGAUUAAAAUACAAGGAAGAAAAUGACAACUCUAAAGAAAAUCUGUAUUGUUGGUUCGGGAAAUUGGGGCUCUGCAAUUGCCAAAAUUGUUGGUGAGACAUGCAAACAGAAGUCAGACAAGUUCCAAUCUGCGGUCAGCAUGUAUGUGUACGAGGAGAUGAUUGGUGGAAAGAAGCUGACCGAGAUCAUCAACACACAGCAUGAAAACGUCAAGUACCUGCCAGGUUAUAAACUUCCAACCAAUGUGGUUGCUGUCCCAGAUGUGAAAGAAGCUGCUGCUGAUGCUGAUAUUUUGAUAUUCGUCAUCCCUCAUCAGUUUGUACGAGGAAUAUGUACGGCACUCAAAGGAAACAUCAAAAACAAUGCCAUAGCCGUCUCGUUAAUCAAGGGUUUUGAAGUGAAGAAAGAGGGCGGAAUUCGUUUGAUUUCCGAGGUCGUCUCGUCCGUUCUAAACAUCCCCUGUGCUGUGUUGAUGGGAGCUAACAUUGCUAAUGAAGUGGCUGAGGAGAACUACUGUGAAUCUACCAUCGGUUGCACCGACCCGGAGAUGAGUUUGGUUCUGAAGGAUUGCUUCCAAACUGACUAUUUUCGGAUAGUCUGUGUGUCCGACUGUGAAACUGUUGAAAUAUGCGGAGCCCUGAAAAACAUAGUUGCAGUUGGUGCUGGUAUUGCCGAUGGCCUUGGCUUUGGGGACAAUACAAAGGCAGCCGUCAUCCGUUUAGGUCUCAUGGAGAUGAUACAGUUUGCUAAAGUCUUCUAUGAAGGUUCCAUGAUGUCGACAUUCUUGGAGAGCUGUGGAGUGGCUGAUCUUAUUACCACAUGCUAUGGGGGUCGAAAUCGCAGAGUGGCUGAAGCUUUUGCUAAGACAGGAAAGUCGAUAGAGCAACUGGAACAGGAGAUGUUGAAUGGUCAAAAACUGCAAGGUCCGCCCACAGCAGCUGAAGUCAAUAUCAUGUUGAAGGCGAGGAAUAUGGAGGACAGAUUUCCUCUGUUCACAACAAUACAUCGGAUGUGUUUAGGUGAAGUUCCUGUCGACAAAUUCAUCAGCUGCCUUAAAAACCACCCUGAACAUCACUAAGGAGAAUAAAAAAGAAAAACAACAUUUCCUUAUCUUUUAAACAAAAAUGUUUUAGUCAGAAAAGACAAAACAUACAAAAAAAAAAUCCUGUAUUUUUUUUUAAAGGGUUACCUUUUUUUUUUUUUUUAAACACUUAAGAAAACUGAACUGAAUUUACUGGUACCAAACCUAAUGAAACCCAAACAAAUUUAAGCAAACCAGAAAGUCAAAAAACCCCAAAACACCAUCUAAUUACAAACUCCCAUCAAACCUCCAAACUUUUAAACUUUUUUAAAUUUAAAAAAAAAAAAAAGAAAAUCUAUUACUGCUGCUGCUGUUUUUUUUUUUUUGUAUAUUUUUAGUUUUGAAGAAUUUGGGAAAUUUCGCAGAACGAUGGGGAUAAUGAUUAAUAAUAAUAAUAAUAAUGAUGAUAAUAAAAUUAGUAAUAAUAACAAUAAUGAUAAUAAUAAUGAUAAUAAUAUUGUUUCUAAUUUAAGUACAAGGUCAACAAUUUUGAGGGGAGGGGGUUGUUCGAAGAUAUUGACUCAGGUCCUUGACUGGUAUGUUAUUUUAUUGCUCCUGCUCUAAGAUUUGAACUAAGGACACAAGGUACUCGAAUAAAUGCUGUAAGGUUC